GCGCCGUCGCUCUCUUUCCAGUGUCGAUCCUGAGCAGAGCACGACCAGACUUGGAAGAACACAACUGAAGCGUAUCGUCUUUAUUUAAAAAAAAAACUAAAAGAUCAGUUAAGACUAAUAAUUUCGUCAAGAAUUGAUUUUAAAUGAUUGCCGUCAGGAUUGGCUUGGGUAUCCUGUGCAUCUUGUAACGAAGCAGCACUUUUAAUACAGAUGGCCGCUCAUUGUGUGUCGAAGGUCGAGCUCUCCAUCUCUUGCAAUAAUCUGCUGGAUAAAGAUGUUGGAUCCAAAUCUGAUCCACUCUGUGUUCUGCUGCAGAGUGUCGGGGAUGACAAAUGGUCAGAGGUGGAACGCACAGAGAGAGUGAAGAAUUGCCAGGACCCCGAGUUCUCAACAAAACUUCACAUUGAUUACCACUUUGAGAAGGUGCAGAAACUAAAGUUUGGCAUCUAUGACAUUGACAACAAGUCUGUUGACCUCAAGGAUGACGACUUCUUGGGAGGCUUUGAAUGCACCCUUGGCCAGAUUGUGUCAAGCAGGAAGAUUACCAGACCCCUUCAGCUCAAGGCAGCAAAACCAGCUGGGAAAGGCACAAUAACAAUCACAGCUGAUGAGGUGAAAGACAACAGGGCUGUUGUGAUGGAAGUAGAGGCCAAAAACCUGGAUAAAAAGGAUAUGUUUGGGAUAUUGCAAGUUAUGAUAAUGAUGAUAAAUAAUCUCCAUACUGUCUUUCAGCUUGAGGCACAGUAUUCAUUUCUGGAUUAUGUGAUGGGAGGUUGCCAAAUUAACUUCACGGUGGGCAUUGACUUCACUGGCUCUAAUGGAGACCCCCGCUCCCCUGACUCUCUGCACUAUCUCAGCCCUAAUGGCGUGAACCAGUAUCUGUCAGCCAUCUGGUCCGUUGGCCAGGUAGUCCAAGACUAUGACACUGAUAAACUUUUCCCAGCAUUUGGAUUUGGUGCUCAAGUGCCUCCAAACUUCCAGGUAUCCCAUGAGUUCCCAUUGAACUUCAACGCCAAUAGCCCAUAUUGCCAAGGAGUGCAAGGCAUUGUGGACGCCUACCGCAUGGUUUUGCCUCAAAUUCGUCUCUAUGGACCCACCAACUUCUCCCCCAUUAUAAAUCACGUGGCCCGAAUUGCAGCCGAAGCCGCCCAGCAAACAAAUGCAGCACAAUACUGUGUGCUGUUGAUCAUCACUGAUGGAGAGAUCACUGAUCUCGAUCAGACCAGACAAUCCAUCGUGAACAGCUCCAAACUGCCCAUGUCUAUCAUCAUCGUGGGUGUGGGUGAGGCAGACUUUAAGGCCAUGGAGUUUCUGGAUGGGGACAAUGGAGUUCUCAAAUCUUUGACCGGAGAACCGGUGGCCAGAGAUAUUGUGCAGUUUGUGCCGCUCAAGCAGUUUGCCAGUGCUCCUAAAGAAGCGCUGGCUCAGAGUGUUCUAGCCGAGGUGCCAAAUCAGCUGGUGUCAUACUUCAAAAUGAGAAAUAUGGCUCCUGUCACCCCUCCUUCACCUGUCAAGUAGACGCAGGUUUGCUCUGGAGACUGAAUUGUAGGUAUAAAAGAAAUAAGAGUUAGUUAGAAUUAGUAUGGGUCACCACUAGAGGGAACCACAGCUCUGUUAAAGGAAGCACUGUGGCGGUGUUGAACUCUAAUGAAGACAACUUGUAUUUUCCUUUUUUAUAUAUUAUGCAAAUAAUUUUCAUUCUCAGUUUUUCAUAUUUUUCUUUUACUUUCCAAGAUUGUUAUUCCUUAUAUUAUUCUUUUCCAACUGGAAAAGAGUUUAUAUAAAUGUCUUUUUUUUUAUAGAUCUAUUUCGCUAUAUUGUUCCAUAUAUUUUUGUAUUAUUGUUCAUGAAUAUAGAUGCCUUGAGUUUCUUAAGCCAAUAUUUGUAAUCACUUUUAGGCCUUGCUCUGCUUUUUGAUGUAGAUGUAUGCAAUAUCAAUCAGGAAUGCUGUUUUAUGAAAUUUCCUGCACUUUCUGCGAUACAGUAUUUGACAGAAAAAAGUGAAUGACUCAUUCAACCACUAUGCUGCAAUUAAUAAUCAUGCUGCCAUAAUAGAGAUGAGUAGCUAUAACCUUGCCAAAGAAAUUGCUGCAUGUUUUUCACUAGCAUACUAAAGUUGCAUGAAGCUAGAUUCUUUGAUAUUUGUUUUGCCAAUAUGUUAUCAUUGUUUUGACCAAGAUAUAUUGAGAAUCAUUUAGAAUGCAUAUAUACUAUGUAGUAUGAAUUUGAAUAGAAUGGCAUUUUAAAAUACUGGUUUACUGGUAUAAAGACAUAGACAUUGGGACCAUAGAACUCCUUAUCCGUUAUGCCUUUUUAUUUUGAGGAUUUUGUACAUUUGUGUGGAAUGACAGAAGUAGUGCUGUUAAUUUCAUUUAUCUAACACAAAUGUUUGCACCUUAAUCGCACAGUAAAGUCAGUUGCACUUCUCCACUAUAUCUAUUGAUUUUAGACAUGUACUCUUGCGCUUGCCACAUGAAGCCUUAUGGGGCCGUUAUCUUGUUUAAAGAUUCUUUUUAAUCUAAUGAUUUAAAGGGAAUAGUAUUGUAAUCAUAUUAUGAAUG